GCUACAUAUAAUCUUUAAUAAAGAGAUAAAAUUUACAGUAUGGCAGGUAUAUCCAGAAUGUUGUACAUAAUUGGUUUUGCAGGAGCUUAACCAAAUCUUUACAUAGUACUUACAGAAAAUUGAGUGUAUAGUAAUUGAAAAGUGCAUCGUGUUCGACGCACCUACACAAAACAAAAUUUCCGGCCUUUAAAGUUUUUUUUAGAUUCAUUAAAGUAAAAAAUGGAGAAAGUAUUUGAACAAACAUUGAUUAGUGCUGCUCAGCAAGUUGAAAAACAAAUAGAUAGUCAACUGGAGCAACUGGACAAUUUAGAUUCUGAUGACUUACAAAAAAUUAGAGAAGAAAGAUUGAAACAGAUGAAGGAAUUGAAUAAAAAGAAACAAGAGUGGUUGAACAAUGGUCAUGGUGUUUAUUCAGAACUAGCUGACGAAAAAGAGUUUUUUGAGGUAUCAAAAAAAUCCCCAAAUAUAGUUUGUCAUUUUUAUAAAGAUUCUACUGAAAGAUGUAAAAUUGUCGAUAAACAUUUAAAAAUACUAGCAGCAAAACAUGUUGAAGCAAAAUUUUGUAAGGUUAACGCUGAAAAGUCACCAUUUUUAACUCAGAGACUAAGAAUAAAAAUAAUACCAACUAUCGCAUUAGUCAAAGACAGCAAAACUAAAGAUUAUAUUGUGGGUUUUACGGAUUUAGGGAAUUGUGAUGAUUUUCCAACAGAAAUGAUGGAGUGGCGAAUAGCUCAAUCUGGUGCAAUAGACUACAAUGGCGAUCUACUCUGUCCUCCAGAUCAAAAUAGAAAACCUAAAAAUUAUUUUAAUCGUCCUAAAAAAGCUAUUAGAGGAGGCUAUGAUUCAGAUGAUUCUGAUUUUGACUUUGACGAUUAACUUAAAAUGAUUAUAUGCUGAUGAAUAUUACAUUCAAAUUAUAAGCACAAUAAACAGGACAUUGAAAUUUAGUAGAUUAUUUAAAGAAAAUAAUAAACACAAAUUGUUAGAUGCAUAAAUAAUAUACUAAACAAAAUUUAAAGUUCUAGAAAAUUUAUCAAAAUUAAGUCUUAGAUUAAAAAACCAAAAUUCGCAAUAAGCGUGUAACAAAAUCAAAAAUAUUUUUGCAAAGUAGAUAAUAUACAUACAGUAAUAUUUUUUUGAUAGAAUAAAAGCGUAUUAUAUAUUUAUGUGAAAGAAAAAUAUUAAAGACAAUUAUUGAUUUUUAUAUUUUUAAUUCAAAUUUUUGUAAUUUUAUACAAUUGCGAAACUAUACUUUAUUUAUAAAAAAUAUUCUUUUGAUAUAAUUUUUGCUUGAAGCAAAUAAAAAAUCUAUUAAAACCUUUAAUCUCUCAUUUGUUAGAUAUUAAUAAAAAAAAACCAUUAACUUUUGAAUAAAAAAAAAUUUAUUAAAAUGGCUAUGUUUUGUUGCUAUUUAGUAAAAUUACUAUGCAAUACAAAAGACAAAUUAAUUGCAUUUAAAAUAUAUAUAUAUAAUUAUAUUUAAUAAAUUAUGUUUGUGUUUCAGGAAUAAGUUAAAACUUUUUUUGUGCCAACUUAUUUUACUAUCGAUAUAAAGAAAAAAUUUGAGAUUUUUGGCAAGAAAAAUUACAUUUAUUAUUAAAACUUUUGUAAGUACAUCAUCUAUGUGUUAUAUUAGAAUACACUAUGUAGUAUAUGUAACAGCCAUCUCAUUAUUCACAGAUAAAUAAAAGCUGGCCUUUGUAAUAAAUAUGAAAUAAUUUUUGUAGUUUUAAGUAAUGAGUUUGUUUAGGUUUAAAAUGUACAAGUAUGUUAUUUUUUGCUCUCACGAAACAUGGCCUUAUUUAAAUGCACUUACAUAUGUUGAAAAAUUUUUAUAGAAUGGAAAGCAUUAAUACAGUUUUGUACUUUUUUUUU